AUGGCCACACCUGCUCCUUCCCACGAAUUUCGAAAACUCCGCCUCGACACCAAGCAUGCGAACUCGUCUCAAGACUUUCCCUUCGCCGCUUCCUCGGACGCUGACCAUGUCGCCUCUUCUCAAUUUUCAGAGUCCGAGCUGCUCAACAAUCCGGCCGCUCCCGAUGCAAAUAAUAGCCAACCCUCGACCCGUACCAGAGGCUCAUCCGUGAGCUUCAAAGAGUUUGCGACUCUCGACGACGGUCGCCUGCACUCGCUCGACCAGCCCUUGUCCUCCAGGCCACCUCAACCGCGUCGGCGCAGCACUCGCGACUCGGUCAUGUCGGACGAUACUGCCUCUGCUCCGGCUGCGCCCGAAGAUUCAGUCAGAAUUAACCCUUUCACUGGAGAACCUGUUAGACGACGCACGAGGAGGAGUGAGGCUGCACCACGCCUCGAGACCAUCGACUCGCACGAUGCCACACAACUGCCUUCAUUGACGUCGGCCUCCACAGGGUCGUUGCUGAGUGAGCAACUGAGAAGUCCCGAUACACCUGCAGGCUCGUACUUCAAUGGCUCUGCCGUUAUGAGUCCUUCUCCUGCUGUUAGUCCUAGUAUGGGCAGCGAGCCCUGGCCGAUGAUGUCACGUAAGACCACAUUGUCGCGCACGGCGAGCUUGCGUAACACCAGUCGCAGAUCCAGCAGAAUGUCUGGCUCAUCCACUGGCAUGUCGCCAGCUGCUCGCUUUCUCAGUGGCUGGGGUAGCAACUCUGAGUCCGCCGAGCCCAAGCCGGAUGACGAGGGACAGUCCAUCGGUAUCAACAAUGAAUAUGUCGUCGGUCGUCAGAUUGGUUCAGGAGGUUUCAGUGUCGUCAAGGAGGUCAUUGGUAUGGACGACAACGGUUGCAGAACGAAGCGUGCCGUCAAGAUUGUGCGCAGGACUGUCGCCAAUGUCAGUGAGGCUGAGAAUGACAAGGCUCAACAAGCUGUCGAAUACGAGAUUGGUAUCUGGCGCUAUCUGAACCAUCCUAAUAUCUUGCAACUCCACACGAGCUUCAUCACCGACUUUGCGACCUUCUGCAUCAUGGAUCUGGUCGAGAGCGGCUCUCUAUACGAUCUCAUCAGCGAGCUUCGCAACAAUGGCCAGAUGGGCUUGAAACCGGACCUUGCAAAGACGUACUCCCAUCAACUUGCUGCGGCACUGAGAUACAUGCACGCCGACGUUAGACUGGUUCAUCGAGAUGUCAAGCUCGAGAACUGCCUCAUCCAGAUAACACCCCAAGACGAUUGUGGCAAUCUCAAGCUAUGCGACUUUGGUCUGGCUAGUUUUGUCGAUGGCGAUGCAUCUGGCAUGACUGACAGCAUCCGAUCACUCGACUCUGACGACAACAAAGAACCUGCUGGAACUCUCGAAUAUCUGGCUCCUGAACUACUUGGCGGCUCCACACGCAAGGACUACUCGGCAGAUAUCUGGGCGUUCGGCGUUUGUGUUUACACCAUGGUCACGGGCAAGCGUCCAUUCCAGCAUACCAUUCAAUUCAAACUGGUCGAGCUUAUCGAAGGUGGUGACUGGAACAAGGAUCUAGUCAUGUCAUCUCUCGCCGGCCAGGUCGACUCCGAGGACAUCUGUGACCUGCUUUACGGUUGCUUGAACACCGAUCCUGACCUGAGAUGGACCAUAGCCGAUGUCAUGGACUGCAAGUGGUUCACCGGCCUUGUCGAUGUGGCAGCAGACUCAGAUUGGGAACACGUGAACAACACACAGACCUAG